CAUCAUUAUAUGAAGAGUCCUUCUUUGCACAACUAGUAUUUUGUAUUAGUUCAUAAAGUUAAAUUGCCAAAAAUUAAAACAUAGUCAGCAAGAGUAAAUUUUUCAUUUUAGGCGCAUUGAAUACAUGUUUACUCUGACGUAGUUUAAUGACAAGUUGCAGAUUUUCAAAUUAAAAGACAGCCAUAAAAAAGAUUUCUUAUUUUGCUUAAAGUAAAAGCCAUGUUUUCCAUUAUGCAGGCCACUGACAAUUUGUUCCUCAACAGCUUCAGUCAGCUUCAUUGAGAACAAAAGGCAGUUCUGAGUGUAGAAAAUGUUUGGUAAGGAUUUUUAUGGGUCAUGUACAUUGAUCAAACAUCACAUUUUCUUUGAAAACCACCCAUUGUUCUCUCAGUUACUAUUUUUGAUACUUGUUUUCUUAGAUAUUGCUACAUGGUUGUGCUCGUUUCUUUCCAAAUGACCAAUCUGUACGUUUUGUGAUGUCAUUGGAAACACCAAUAGCGAAUAGAAGAUAAAACAAGCUUUAGCAAGUGCUAAAGUUUUAGCUUAGUUAGUGCUAAAGCUUGUUAGUGUUAGUGCUAAAGCUUUAGUUUCAGCACUAACAUUAACUUUACUCAAAUAACACUAAAAGUGAUGAAUUUCCUUCAAAAAUGCUAAGUUAAGGCAAUACAGUACAAUGGUUUUGUUUGGCUUUGAUGCAACAUCACCACAAAAAAAAAAGAAAAAGAAAAGAAAAGCUGGACAUGAAGGACUAUAUUUUUAUGCAAGAAGUUUUGGAGAGAAAGUAAGCAUUCCAUGCAAUGUUAAAGGGGGCAAAGUAACUUAACUAGUAGUUAAAUUUUCCUGUUGUAUGUGUUUUUCACCGUUCAACAGAAACCGUCCACAUCCGUUUCCUCUACACCACAUUUACUCAUGUGAUUGUUGUUACUUGUCUCUGUGCACAGACAGAGAGGGGCUGCAAUGAAGCAUGUUCAUAAUUUAUAUAACUAUUCAACCCGCUGAUAAUACAUCCGUAUAGUAAUAAAUCGAUGAUGACACUGCAGGACUUAAUGUGUCUUCAUCUUCUCACAUUUCUGUCAUUUUCUGACAGAACGAUGAUAUUGUAAAAUCUAGUAAUUAUUAGUCAAAACAUCCUUUUUUGCAGCACCAGCAGAGGGACUGAGAUCAUUAGCCAUUUCAAGGUGUUAAAUUGUGAACACCAAUUUCUUUUAAGUUAUGUUUGAUAUAUUCAAUAUUUUAUAACAACUGAAGUUACAUAGUUGCUUGAUUGUGAUGUAAAAUGGCACUACGUAACUGGAAAGAACAUAAUAGCCCUCAUUUAUUACAGUGUGUGGCCAUGGCUGCACACUGUAAUAAACAGUGAGUUUUAUGGAGUUACAGUACAUAAAUAGUUCAAAUUAUUUGACAAUGUCUUCAUUAAUUUGACAAUCCUUAGAGUGCUUUUGAUGAUGCACAACAAAAUACAGUCAAAUCUGUCAAUGACAUUACACUUCUCAACGUAAGCUUGUUUUAUUUAUUAAAGUCCUCGUUGUGUUUUUCUUGUGCAGCCGACUCCAGCUAGCAAGGGGUCAGAUGAGUUGUCUUUCUGUUCAGGUUUUGUGAGCUAUUUAAAACUACAGACGUAUCUGAAUUUGUACACAAAGUAACAACUUUUGUAAAGUUUUGAACUUGAUGAACUUUGUUUUCUUCUGUUUCAGGUGGGUCUUUAAAAAAGUGGAAAUCCGUGCUGUGACUUGCAACAUGGAAAAAAACUGUGACUAUUCAAAUGUUCUUAACAUCUAAACAGAUGCCAGGUAUUGGCAGGUAUUUUACUUUAAAAAGAUUCUCAAGUAAAAGCACUGUUAAAAGCUUCAGAGCAUGAAUGCAUCUUUUAUAAUGCAUAACUGUUUUUUUUUUUCCUUUAACAGAUUAAAUCAAAUGUCUUAAAAGCUCUGCUGUGUUUCAUAUUGGUGGUUUCUACUAAAACACAAGGGAAAUUAGAUUUAUAGUUAAUAAGAAUGGUUCUUUUCCAGUUGGUAUAAUUUUAUUUCAUUAUCACGUUGGUCUUGAGAAGGUGCUUGAAAUCUGGAUUCCAAAAGCAAGAAAAACAACAAAAUUACAUUCUGUCUCAUGUGAAGCAAGUUGCAUCACAGAAAAUGUAAAAGUUUUAUAACUUGAAGCUUGUUGUUUUGGUUUCAGUGAACAGGAAAAUAACCAUUUACACUUCCACGAUUCCAUGUCUCACAGGUAUAUUUUUUGGUGCACCUAUACAUACUGUGGUUAGAUUUGCAUAGACCCAUAUCACUCAGUUGAAAAAAAAAAGAAAGAUGUUGUGAGCUUUUGGUUAACCAAGAGAUUACCAUAUGGGUGAUUUUGAUCCAACUUCUCAUGAAAGAAUAUAACCAAACCUCAGAAUAUUCUACCAGUGAUAUUUCUUUUCUUUUUUUCUUUUUGUUGCUGAAAGUAAGAUGUUGAAAGCUUGGUCUAUGUGGUUUAUGCAUUUGGUGAUGUAGUUUGAGCAUACAGUGAUGUUCUUGUAUCAAGGAAAAUACAUAUUACAUAUUUGUUUUUCUCAGUAAAUAUACUUCUAAUCAGGCUGGAUCUGAAAUUUCCAUGAGAUGUUGGUAACAACCAAACAAUUCUAUGCAGAAAUUAAAAAUCUAAGCACAUACGUUUCUAUAUAAUGUCCACAGUAUUGUUUUUUGGGUAUAUUCUCAAAUGAAGACUGAAAUGCUAAGCCACAAUAAAUUAGUCCACAAAUUAAGGUAUGCAUAAAAAUAGAAUUACAAAUGAAAUAAGAAUUGAACACACUUGCUGAAUUUGAAUAUUAAGUAAAGUCUUUGUUGUUAAUGGUAGAUUCAGAGUAGAUGUAAUCUUGACAGUCUCCUUCAUAAAAAAUUGUUGUGUUUAACCUUUUAUACAUGUACAUGUCAUGUAUGGAAGCAUGGCAUACAAAUAAAUAAUGAGUUUAUCAGGUCACAAAUCAACAGCAAUACUGUUAGCUGUCCCUUUUUAACUUUGCUUAGCUCUUUUUGUCAAUGCAUCACAACAGAAGAUCAGAGAGCUGUGCUAAACAUAUUUGAACAAAUCAAUUGGUGCUUCUUGUCAGAUGUUGCUUUGCAGUCUGCAGGUAAAGAUGAACUGAUAACAGUGUUCAAGCCGUGGCUGCACCGCUAAGAUGUCAUCUUUUGUAGCAUUAUCCAGACUGAUCCUGAUGUAAAGACUUACAAGAUGCUUUUUGACAGGGUAAAUAAAUAUAAAGAAAAUCUAGCAUUGAACCAUUGCUCAUCAAACAGGAAAAAAGCUUUUAGCUAAGCUUUGUUAGCUACUGGAAGGCAUGAAAGUCAGUACCUGGAAUACCGAGAAGCUAACAAUUAGCACCCUGAAUUUCAAUUGCUUAAGUUAACAAAAAAUGCUCAAAUAAAGUGUAGGUAAACUUUAAUUUUUAGCAGUGGCUGUGAAAAUGCCUCUAAUUAACAAAACAGCAGAGAUUUACUAAAACAUAUUACAAAAGUCUUGCAGAUGGCCUUCAUUCAAGACCUCUCGUGGCCAUCAAGACCGCUUAUGUUCAUCAUGUCAAGAUCAUCAUUAAUAAGAGGUGAGUUAAAACACUAAUAAAAUGUGCCAUUCUUUCACAGCGCAAUAAAAAUUUUGAAUUCAGAGUUUAUUCAUUUAAAAGCAUUACUGGACUGUAACUCAGCAUCAGCUGAUGUCUAUUGUCCAAUUACCGGUACAUGGAUUGGUAUUUAAAAAAAAAAAAUCGUGAUCAGGACACUCUUGACAUUUUAAUAGUGGAAAAGCAGAAGAAAAAAAAGAUGGUCAAGAUAGUUCAGACAGGGUGUAAAGAGAGAAAGUCUGUGGGGAAAAAAUGUUUUGGAUUUGUAAAUAAUCAUCUAAAAGUCUGAAAUAAGCAACAUCAAAACUAAGUAGAACAAAGCAUUAAAAUCUGGACAAGAGGCAAAUCAAUGUGACUAAAUGUGACAAAUCCUCAAGACAAUUAACUUAUUUACAUCAGACUGACAAAAGUUCAAAGAUCACGAAGUACUACACAGUUACAAACUUGUUAACGUAUUCUGAAAGGGGAUGUGGUGUAAAGAUUGCCUCAGAUAUGCAAACAUUAGGCACAAACUUUUGCAUAAAGGCAGCAACUUCACCUUCCAACAACCUAAGGCUUUAUUGGCUGACAUCAUGAAGGGUCUGGGUUAUUUCCUGCUGCUCAACAUUCUGUCAUGUCUCGCACAAACUGUCCUUGGGAAUGAUAUUAUACAUGGGGAAAAAGUCCAAGAUGACUCGAUGCAGUACAUGGUCUCAGUGCAAACCAAUGUAGGUCACGUAUGUGGAGGAUUUCUGAUCAAUGAGGAAUAUGUGGUCACUGCAGCACACUGUGGUGGAAAUGAACUGAAAUACGUUCUUCUGGGAGACCACAACCUCAAGAGUUCAAACAUAAAGAAAGUGGGAGUUAAUUCCACAUGCAAACCCCGUGAUUAUGUGACCCUACAACAUGGCAAAGACAUCAUGCUUCUUCAACUGUCUGAGAAAGUUCUUCUAAACAAUGAUGUGAAAACAAUUCCCCUUCCUUUGUCUAAAAUAACCUUAAGAGAUGAUCAAGAAUGCUCUGUGGCUGGAUGGGGUAAAACUGAGUACAGCGAUUAUAGUAAUGAACUGAGAAUGGUGAACGUGUCAAUCAUAAACCAACAAACCUGCCGAGAGCAGUGGGACAAUAACCUUCCCCACAAUGUGAUCUGUGCUGGUGGAUUUGGUAUAAAUAAAGGAUUUUGUCAGGGUGAUUCUGGUGGUCCUCUGGUGUGCAAUGGGAGAGCUGUUGGUGUUGUGUCAUUCAACAGAGGUUUCAACUGUCACUACCCGGAUAUACCCAACGUCUACACGGAUAUUUCUAAAUAUCUUCAUUGGAUCAACAAAGUUGUGAAUGAAAAGAAAUGUAUAUAAUUUUUUUUUUCCUCACUGUCGCUGUACAUUGAAGCAGAAAUUGUGGCAGUUUUGCAAAUGUGCUGCUCUAAUCUCAAGAUGUUGAAUAAACUCGUGUCCUAGUAUUUGA